CCCAAGCCCGUAAAACCCAAGCCCCCAAAACAAGGUUCUCUAACCCAACGCCAUGAAUCUGGCAUCGCUGCGUCCUCUUCUACCUUUCUCCGGCCAAAAACUGCUGCACGAACACCGCACCGGAGCUCUUCUCCGCCACGUCUGCGGUCGUCUCUGACACUCUGUUUUCUCAAUUCCGCAGUCUAUUGUUCAGUGCUAUUGCUUCUGUCCCUUUGGAUAAAACGGUUUGUUGUGUUCUGGUGACACAUUGAACCAGAGAGAGAGUUUGAAAGAAGGAUGGAGGGUUCGCGACGGCUUCAAGGACAGUCUAUAGGAGUUUUCAGUGAAGGGAUUGGUUUAGUUUUAUUUCGCUGGUCGGCUCUUCAAACGGCUGUUGAGAAUGAAUGGGGUGGCCGGGAGUCCCGUGUUAAAGCCGAUCAACUUGCGUGUGAGAUACUGUCCUGGUUCACUCAAUCCAAAGAGCCACUUUAUAUUGAUGACUUAGAAGACUUACUGGAUCAAGGUAUGCUUUCUCUCAAUGUAGAGGUCGAGGAUGGCAGCGUUGAAGAGGUAGCUGAAAAACUAAUGAUUAUGCACGAAGAAUUCUUAGAAGGUAAUUUUAGUUCUUUCGAAGAUCUCAGGAAAGCCAAUCUUGAGCAAGCUGCCCAUCCUCGUGUAACGCAGAUUGUAAAUGAUGAUGAAGACGAUACAGAUCAAGAUGAUGAUAAUGAUGAAAACAUGAUCGUGGAUGAUAAUUCUUCAAACAUGAAUCUAGAAAUUCCAACAUCUGACUCAAACAUGAAUUCAGUGAACAGGCCAGUAAAUGGGCCUCUGCCAAAGGUUUCAGGUGAAGCAGAUGAUGGAUGGGUUGAAGUUUCAAACAGAAAAAAUAAGGGUAGAAAAAGAUAGAUGAAAAACAUUUAAAAUUUUGUUUCAAGGAUUUGUCCUCCUCUUUUAUUCUUGUGCUUUUUGAAGUAUUGCAAACCUCCUCGAGGUGUGUAACUGCGUAUCAGGGAUUUAUGUUUUACUUAUUUGAAAGGUUUCCUCCCUGCAAAGAAUUUAAAAAUAUGAGCAUAUACAAAUUCUGG